GGACCGAACUCGGCUUUCUCACCCCCAUCCCGGCCUGGGAUCAGGAGGAGCCAAAGGCGGGGUGAGGGAGGAGGGUUUGGAGCUGAGGCUUACACCAUCGCCCUUCUCCCUCUUCCUCCUGGCCCGCGAAGAAGUGGAAAAAAAGAGUUUCGCUCAAAUGCUGUACAUUCCUUUACGCAUCUUCAGAAACCUCAAUUUUUCUUAAGACUAAUAUUCCCCAGCCCGUAGUCUCAUCCCCCAGAGAUCCCGAGUCCGCCAUGGGCUCCUCCUCUCGCCGGCAUCGCCGGGAACACCGUUUCCGCCGCUACCUGUCCACGGGGCGGCUGGGCCGAGCCCGGGCCCUCCUCCGCCGCCACCCGGAGCUGGACGUUGACAGCGGGCAGCCCCCGCCGCUCCAUCGGGCCUGCGCCCGCCGGGACCCCCCGGCCCUGCGCCUCCUGCUCCGCCGGGGAGCCGACCCCGCCCGCCAGGACCGGCAUGGAGACACAGCCCUGCACGCUGCCGCCCGCCAGGGCCCGGACGCCUACAAAGACCUCUUCCUGCCCCUGCUGAGCCGCUGUCCCGCUGCCAUGGGGAUGAGGAACAAGUCGGGGGAGACUCCCGGAGAGCUGCUGGGCUGGGGGGCUCACCCGGAGCCGCCCCCGCCCCAGGAGGAGCCCUCCGGAGAGGCCGAGGAUGCUGAGUGGAGAUGGAAGCUGUACGAGGAGCUACAGGACGAAUGGCAGGAAAUCCUAGGGAGAUUCGAAGAUGACGACCCCCAGGAGGAACCUGAGACGUACUCGGCCUGGACCGAGCGGCUGGCACGCGAACACGCCCAGCGCCGCCGCCAGCGGGACGAACCCCGGCGUCCGCGGCACCCGGCACCCUCCACGCCAUAUGGACGGAGGUGGCCGGACGAAGGGGAGGAGCAGCGCCUCUACCGGGAGCGGGCCCGGGCCAAGGAGCGGGAGCUACAGGAGAGCCGGGCACGGCGGGAGCGGGAGAAGGAACGGGAACGGGCCGAGGAACGGGCGGGGGAUCCCGGCCGUCGGCUUUGGGGCUUCAAGGACGUCCCGUGGCCCGGCCCCGGCGGGGGAGACGCCGAGGCCAUGGCGGCCGCCCUCCUGGCCGGGGGCCCCCCCACUGAGCCAGCCGAGCCGUUCCGAAAGUUCCUGCGGGCUCAGCGGGUCCUGUGGCACCCGGACCGCUUCCUACAGAGGUUCGGGAGCCGACUGGACCCCCGCGAACGGGCCCGGGUCCUGGAGGCCGUGACGGCGCUGUCCCAGGCCCUGAACCGGCGGGCGGAAAGCCUCAAGUGAGGGAGUGAGCGGGCCACUGGACCAUCAUUGGGCGGGCGGGCGGGCGGAUGUCCGGCCGGAGGGAAAGGGGAAGGAAUUUGCCAAUAG